AUGGGUGGAAUCGGGGAGAAUGCCAUCACCGAUUUCCGUUCUUUCGAAUACUUUCCACCGAUUGGAUAUUUGUUCUCAGCCGAUAUUGUCUCAUUGGAUGAUGUAAACUCAACAUAUGAUUAUAUUACUGUGGGCGGUGGCUCCGCCGGAUGCGUGCUUGCAUCCCGACUGUCGGAAGACCCGGAAAUCAGAGUCCUGCUACUUGAGGCGGGUGGGGAGGAGACCAAAAACAUCAACAUAUCUAUUCCGGUCGCAUCGCCAGCAGCCUUUAACACAGCGUGGGAUUGGGCUUAUCAUACAACACCACAGAAAAACUCCGGAUUCUCCCAAUUAGGUGGACAGAACCGCCACUACUGGCCACGAGGGAAAGGCAUUGGAGGAUCCAAUAAUCUGAACGCACUGCAAUAUGUCAGAGGGAGUCGAUCGCCAAUAUAUUGUAUUAAAAUUAAUAUACCGGUUAUUUUGGAUUUACCUGUUGGACUUAUCAUGGAAGAUCACAUUUACUCUUUUAUUCCGACGACAAUCAAUUCAUCUGAAGGAUUUACUGGACCUAAAGCGCAGUCUAUUUCAUCAAUUGCUCAAUAUAUGGUAUUCGGUGAAGGACCCCUAUCAGCACCAUUGAUACCUGGGACAGCUUUUAUAAAAUCAUCCACAUGUGAAACCAGGUAUCCUGAUCUACAGUUUAAUCUAAUGGCAGCAUUACCAAUAUCUGAGGACGCGCGCGUUUUAGUAUAUGAAUCUGAAGGGUUAUUUCCUGAAACAUGGACUGACGGACUUCUUAUGGCGACAAUAUUACUUCACACAAAAAGUAAAGGAAGUGUAUCGUUGAAAAGUAAUGACCCUUUCGAUUAUCCAAAUAUUGAUCCUAAUUAUUUUGAUCUCGAGGAAGAUAUUCGGAAAAUGAUAGGAAAAGUUAUAAGAAAGGGUAUAGAACUGCUCAAAACAAAACCAUUUGCCGAAAUUGGAGCGGACUUCAGUCGAUUAAACGUGCCUCAUUGUACUCACUAUGAAUUUCUGUCAGACGAACAGCUCAAGUGCUUUAUUCAACACUUUGCUGCGACUCUGUAUCAUACCUCAACCUGUAGAAUGGGUUCACUACACGAUCAAACUUCAAUGGUCGAUCCCCAGUUGCAUGUGAAAGGCAUCAGGAACCUCCGAGUGGUGGAUGCCUCUGUCAUGCCCCAUGUUACUUCUGGUAACACAAAUGCUCCGACAAUCAUGAUUGCAGAAAAGGCUGCGGAUAUUAUCAGAGGAAUUGACAGCGUGGAGGAGUUGCGCAGGAAAUUGAAAGAAACAUGA